AGCACUUGUUUUCAGCCAUGCAUCGGGAUCAGCUUUUCCUGGUCGCAGGUAUGCCAGUGUUUUGGGCUUGUGUCUGCAUUGUUCUUGCAGCUCAGGUGCAAGAAGCUCUGCUUGUUUCCAAAAGAGAUGCUCCUGUAGAGAAAAGAAGUACCAACUCUGAGACUGUAAGGAACAGAAGCCUGAUGGUCGAGGUGCAAACUUUCAGAGUUGACUGUGCAGUGACAUCUCGUUUCGCUCACACUGUCAUGACCUCCAAGGCCUUAAACAGAGCCAACAUCUCACAGGAAAUUUUCUUCGAAGUGGAGCUCCCAAAGACAGCGUUCAUCACCAACUUUACCAUGGAAAUUGAUGGGCAACUUUUUGUUGGAGAGGUGAAGGAGAAAGAGAAAGCCAAAAAACAGUAUGAAAAGGCAGUUUCUUCCGGAAAGACCGCUGGACUAGUCAAGGCAUCUGGAAGACAAAUGGAGCAGUUUUCAGUUUCUGUCAACAUUGCUGCAGAAAGUAAUGUUAUUUUCAUUUUGACUUACGAGGAGCUCCUUCAGCGGAAACUAGGCCAGUAUGAGAUUCUGACACGAGUGAAACCCAGACAACCAGUCCAAGACUUUCAGAUCACAGUUAACAUCUUUGAGCCCCAAGGCCUCGCUUCGGUGGAUGCAACAGCAACAUUCCUAACUAAUCAGCUGCUCCCUCUGGUGGAGAAAACUGUUACUGACACAAAGGCUCACAUCACUUUUUCACCAACAAUGGAGCAACAGAGAACAUGCCCAUCGUGUGUGGACACUCAAAUUGAGGGCGAUUUUAUCGUCAAGUAUGAUGUCAAGCGAAAAGAAAACCUUGGUGAAGUCCAGAUGGUAAACGGCUACUUUGUCCAUUUCUUUUCCCCACCUGACUUACCCGGCGUCCCCAAAAAUGUGAUAUUUGUGGUUGACAGGAGUGGCUCAAUGUCUGGAAAAAAAAUAGCACAGACCCGAGAAGCCUUGACAGCCAUUUUGAAGGACCUCCACAAGGGCGACCACUUCGCUAUUGUCCUGUUUGAUGAUAAGAUUGUCACUUGGAAGAAUUCAUUAAUGAAAGCUACAGAAAAGAACGUGACAAACGCCAUCGCCUACAUCAGGAAACUCAAGGAGAAAGGAUCUACUGAUAUCAACCGUGCCCUAUUGGAAGCAGUUAAAAUGUUAAAGAAGGAAAGAAGAGAUAAAAGGCUUCCUGAAAGGAGUGUGGAUAUGAUUAUUCUGUUGACUGAUGGGAUGCCAAACCAUGGGGUUUCCAACCUAGAGGAAAUCCAGGAGAAUGUACGUCAAGCUAUACAAGGAAGAAUGUCUCUGUUUUGUCUUGGAUUUGGAAAUGAUGUGGAUUACUCCUUCCUGGAUGUAAUGAGCAAACAAAACAAAGGGCUAGCCCGCAGAAUCUUUGAGGCCUCAGAUGCAGCGCUUCAACUCCAAGGUUUCUAUGAAGAGGUGUCCAGUCCACUGCUCUUGGGGGUGAAACUACAGUAUCCAGGAAAUGCUGUUGACUUCUUGACCAAAAAUCAAUACAGCCAUUUGUUCAACGGCUCUGAGAUUGUGGUGGCCGGUCGCUUAGAUGACAGCCAUGAGCUUGACAACUUCCUUGUGGAGGUGUUCGCUCAGGGGCCAAAAGAAGAUUUCCAAGUGCAGGGCAUGGCCCGAGUGGAAGACUGGGAUGUGAUCUAUCCAGAAGACAAGUACAUCUUUGGGGACUUCACUGAGCGUCUCUGGGCUUACCUUACAAUUCAGCAACUACUGGAGAAGAGUCACAUUUCUGGUCCAGAGGAAAAGAUCAACUUCACAGCCAAGGCCUUGGAGAUGUCGCUGCGCUACAAUUUCGUAACCCCUCUCACCUCUAUGGUGGUCACCAAACCUGAAAGUGAGGACGGUCCCCUCAUCGCUGAUAAGCUGACAGAGGAGCAACGACAAAAAGCAGAGAGACAAAGAGGCUCUUUGUCUGCGGCUGCAAGAAAAAUCAGUCAAGCAAAUCGUAAACCACAGAGAAGCCGUGGUUCUGCUGCCCAUGCUGCCAGCUCUCGACAGCAAUCAAAUGUGGAUGGAGAUCCACAUUUUAUGAUAGAACUCCCAGACAGAGACGAAGCCCUGUGUUUCAACAUCAAUGACAAACCAGGGACUAUUUUCAACCUGGUCAGGGACACCAAAUCAGGUUUUGUUGUGAAUGGCGAGAUUAUUGCCAAGAAGAAAUUAGUCACGGAUCAAAAGAUGGACACAUACUUUGGUCGUCUUGGUAUCAGCCACAAGGCUCUGGGGAUAAAGCUGGAGGUCAACACCCAAAAUAUUUCUGUGUUUCAGGGGGGUAAACAGGUCAAGAUGCUGUGGACAGAUUUUGCUUCUCUCAAAGACACCAAUAUGGACCUUCAGAUGACGAAAAACUGCAGCCUCACUGUCACACUGAGACACUCAGUCAAAUUUAUGGUCAUCAGACACACCAAGGUGUGGAAGAGACGUCAUGAUCAGCAAAGCUAUUUGGGAUUUUAUACUCUGGACAGCCACCAUUUGUCCAACUCUGUUCAUGGGCUGCUAGGCCAGUUCUACCAUGGAGUUAAUUUUGAAGUAAGCGAUCUAAAAAUGGACAAAAUGCAACAGAAAAUGGAUGCCACCUUGUAUGUGAAUGGACAGACACUCAAUGUAACCCGACAUUGGCAGAAGGACUUCAGCAAAGACGUGUUAAAUGGGGAAGAUAUUCCCUGUUGGUUUGUUCAAAAUGACGGAGCUGGUCUUAUUGAUGGCAGAGCUUCUGAUUACAUUGUUCCCACCCUGCUUUAAUUUUUUUUUUUAAUUCCAUAAUUUCCCAGACCCAUAUACAUUAUAGUGUGGGAGAUAUUGGACUAUAGAUACUUAACUGUUUUAUACUCAAAUGUACCACAGCACCAUGAGGGAUAUUAACUACUGAAAAGAGAGAAGAGCACAAUCCAGUUUUCAAUUUUAAUUUCAGGUGAAACACUAUACAGGUAGUCUCUGGGUUACGACGAACCUGACUUAUGUGAUUUCGACUUUACGGUGGCAGAGUCUGCCAGUUUGUCUCCAGUCUUUUUUUUUUUUUUUAAAUCUCAGAAAUAGUAACUAAUUCUUGCCUUGUCAGGAUCCCCUCCUCCCCCAGCAACCUCGUCGCCGUCCUGCAGUUUCUGAGAGCAUCAGGUCCCACUUCCUUGUACUAAUGGUCAUAGGCGGAGUUUGACUGUUGGAGCAGGGGGGGGCACAAUUUGUUGAUGACCCCGAAACGCAGUGUCAGCAAUUACAAUAACUUACAAGAAUUUUUAUAAUAAUAAAUUGACAAUGAGCGUUUUUUGGUUUUCCUCAUUCUUGAGGGGAUCAGGCUGCUUAGGCAACAUUUUUUGCCAAGAUUGUGACCUAUUGAAUAUGGUACGUCUGCCGGUGUUGUGCCAAUGUAGUUACGCCAGUCAAAAACUCUAUCCCCUGGGCGGAGGCAUAUGAAGAUAGAUUUGUGUCUUUAUUAUUCAAUCCCAAAAAAGUUUUGAAUGCAAAAAUGAAUUUGAAACUCAAAAAAAUGCAUGUGAAAGCUAUUUUUCUUUGAUAAAAUUUUUUGAAGGGAUUGAAGCAACUUUUUUAAUUGAAGAAAUGUUGAUUUGUGUUUGGGCCACAUUUUGGCUAGGAUGUUUUUGUCUUUAUUAUUCAAUCAAAAAAUAAGUUUCUUCAAAAAAUAUAUAUUUUCAAAAAAAUCAAAAAAAGGAAAAAUUUCAAUCACAGAAAACGUUUUUGAAUGCGAAAAAAUAUUUGAAAUAAAAAAAUUUGCAUUUGAACACUUAAUUUUUCAUUGAAAAAGUUUUAUUUGAUUGAAGCAAUCCUUUUUGUGUUUGGGCCAUAUUAUGAGUAGGACAUUUGAGUCUGAAUCAUUCAGUCCCCCAAAAAGUUGCUUCAAAUUCCCCUCCCCUGAUUGAUUUAUUUUAUAAAAUUAUAUGCAAAGCAAAUGACAGUCUAAGGCAUCCAUGUCCAAAGUCCGGCCCGAGAGCCAAAUGCGGCCCGUGGUCAAAUUUCAUCCGGCCCCCAGCCUCUGUCAUAAAAUCAAUAAAGUCUGGCCCACAAACAGACUUAAUAAAUUGGUCAGCAGUACUGCUACCAGCACAUGAAGUAUCUUAUACACUAAAUGCUGCUCCUCAUUUACCCACGAAAAGGCAGCAGCACUCGAAGCAUCAUUACCCCGUGUGACCCUUUACUCCCAAUUUUCUAAAACGGCGACAAUCAACAAAAAAAGAAAGUUGACUGCGACGGCUGGCACUUCAAGGAUAGGUGGAAAUUGGACCUAUUUCUUCACUAAAAUACGCAACUGUCUGCCUUAUUUGCAAAGAGACAGUUGCUGUUUUUAAAGAGUUUAAUGUUAGGCGAUAUUAGUAAACAAAACACGCAGACAUGUACGACAAGAUUACAGGCAAGAUACGUAGCGAGAAAUUGAAGCAACUUGAAGCUAGUUUAAUUUCACAGCAGCAGUAUUUCGCAAGAGCCUGAGUCAAAAGAGAACGCCACAAAGGCUAGUUGCGAGAUUGUUGAAAUGAUACAUUAAAAAAAAUAAUAAUAAAGCAAUGUGACGCACAGAAUGGCUUGCUAAAAUUUGCUUAAAUAUAUUGUUCUACAUAAAAGAUAUCAGCCAAGGUCGGCCCCCCACAUUUUUACCACACCAAAUCUGGCCCCCUUUGCAAAAAGUUUGGACACCCCUGGUCCAAGGUGCUAGUCACAUGAUCUGUUUGAAAAAUAAUUUGGCCCUUUAUGAAAAUAUAUUGUUUUGUUCAUUUCAUCCAUUUUUGUCGCAGUUUUAUUGCUUAACAACUUUUAUACAUAUAGGAAAGUCAAUUUCAUGCAAUGACACUUUUCAGCCACCAGGGGGCCUGCCCCCCCCUUAAAAUCCGCGUAUGCUCAUGGUGCUGCUGCUUCUCCCCAUGCGCCGACUCGUCUUGCGAGUCGUGAUCCGUUUUUUUUUAGUUCGGACCGUGGGCUCGCGUAAAGAGAGACUAUGCUGGCGACCUGAACGGCCAUGACCUCCCUACUCUUUCCACAGCACUCUUUUCUCCAAGCAAGGUGACUCACUUGCGAGUAAAGCCCAAAUAUAAAUCUAUAUUUUUUUUUAAGUCCGAAUAGUCAUUCAAUAUAACGGCAUUUAACACAACGUACCUCACAGUACCUUAUUUUUUACUUAUCUUCUUAAUAUGAAAUAUAACACAUGUUUUUAGACAGUUAUUUUGUAUUUAGGGGUACUUAAAGGGUUAAUUCCGGUUUAUGCAGAAAUACGGGUUACAUCGCUAGCCUAGGAACGAAACUCGUUUGUAACCCGGGGACUACCUGUAUUGAUAGAUGUGAAAACAUUUAGGAUAUAGGGAAAUCCAGAGUUGAUGGAUUUUUAGAUUUGCAUUUUUAAUAACUAAUGACUAAAAUGACCAAAGACAUGUAAUUAGUCAAUGCUGAAUGUAGUGAGGUGUGAAGGAAAAUAAUGUGUUGAAUGUGAAUUUCUUUUAAAUUGAUUUUUUUCCCUCCACACUUAAAAUGACAAAAUGUCUCAAGCGUUUAGACUCCUAAAGGUUUUCUGAAGAUGCUAAUUACAUAUCUGAAAAUAUAGGAUGUUUGUCCUAUUGCUUGCUUAUUAAGCAUUUUUAAUGAAAACUAGCACUAAUGCAUCUUAAUGUCUGAAGAGUCCAUUUAUUUUUGACUGUAUUUUAUUUUAUUUUUUCUGUGGCGCGGGGACUGCUUUCAAAAACUCACUCAAGCUUUCACUAUUAGGAAAACUAUCACUAUGUUUUUGCAAUACACCAAAGGGUUCCAUGAUCUUAAGCGCCAGGAUGUGGGAACCAUUUUCCAUUUACUCAAAGUCAGACAAAAAUAUUGAUGGUGUUGUGACUGAUAUAUGUAUGAAUUUGUGAAAGCUAUUAAAACAAUCACACCUUUACUGAUAUGAAUGUAUAAAAACAAGAGUGUAACGGCAACUUGUGUUAUUAGGAGUCAUAACCAAUAUAUUUUUGUUUUUAUUC